AUGACAGCGGUUGAAACCCAAAUGACGUAUAGCAACUCCUAUACGAUCCAACAUGAAGAGGCGUACAUGACCCAGGAGGACGACUGGGACAGGGACCUGCUGCUGGACCCUGCCUGGGAGAAGCAGCAGAGGAAGACGUUCACAGCUUGGUGCAACUCUCACUUGAGGAAAGCCGGGACACAGAUCGAGAACAUUGAAGAGGACUUCAGAAAUGGCCUCAAACUCAUGCUGCUGCUGGAGGUCAUAUCAGGUGAAAGGCUGCCCAAACCUGACAAAGGGAAGAUGCGUUUCCACAAGAUUGCCAACGUGAAUAAAGCUCUGGACUUCAUCUGUAGCAAGGGGGUCAAACUGGUGUCUAUUGGUGCAGAGGAAAUUGUUGACGGUAAUGUGAAGAUGACUCUCGGUAUGAUCUGGACCAUCAUCCUGCGUUUUGCCAUCCAGGACAUCUCUGUGGAAGAGACUUCUGCUAAGGAGGGUCUGCUGCUGUGGUGCCAGAGGAAGACUGCCCCCUACAGGAACGUCAAUGUGCAGAACUUCCAUAUCAGUUGGAAGGACGGCCUGGCCCUGUGUGCCCUCAUCCACAGACACAGACCUGACCUCAUCGACUACUCCAAACUGAGAAAGGAUGACCCUAUUGGUAACCUGAACACGGCCUUCGAAGUAGCUGAGAAGUUCCUGGACAUCCCCAAGAUGCUCGACGCUGAGGAUAUUGUGAACACACCUAAACCCGACGAGAAGGCCAUCAUGACCUACGUGUCCUGCUUUUAUCACGCCUUUGCUGGAGCUGAGCAGGCUGAGACAGCUGCUAACCGUAUCUGCAAGGUGCUGGCAGUGAACCAGGAGAACGAGAAGCUGAUGGAGGAGUAUGAAAAGUUGGCCAGUGAGCUGCUCGAGUGGAUCCGCCGCACCAUCCCCUGGCUGGAGAACCGCGUGGCCGAGCAGACCAUGCGCGCCAUGCAGCAGAAGCUGGAGGACUUCCGUGACUACCGCCGCGUCCACAAGCCGCCACGCGUGCAGGAGAAAUGUCAGCUGGAGAUCAACUUCAACACCCUGCAGACUAAACUGAGGCUGAGCAACAGGCCCGCCUUCAUGCCCUCCGAGGGCAAGAUGGUGUCGGACAUUGCCAACGCCUGGAAGGGUCUGGAGCAGGUGGAGAAGGGCUAUGAGGAGUGGCUGCUCACCGAGAUCCGCCGUCUGGAGAGACUCGACCACCUCGCCGAGAAGUUCAAGCAGAAGUGUGCCAUGCACGAGUCCUGGACUGCAGGUAAGGAGGAGCUUCUGUCCCAAAAGGAUUACGAGUCGGCUUCUCUGAUGGAGAUCAGAGCCUUGAUGAGGAAGCACGAGGCUUUCGAGAGCGACCUCGCUGCUCACCAGGACAGAGUGGAGCAGAUCGCAGCCAUCGCCCAGGAGCUGAAUGAGCUGGACUACCACGACUCUGCUACGGUUAACGCUCGCUGCCAGGGCAUCUGUGACCAGUGGGACAACCUGGGGACCCUCACCCAGAAGAGGAGGGACGCUCUGGAGCGCGUGGAGAAACUGUGGGAGACCAUUGACCAGCUGUACCUGGAGUUUGCCAAGAGGGCAGCGCCCUUCAAUAACUGGAUGGACGGAGCCAUGGAGGACCUGCAGGACAUGUUCAUUGUCCACAGCAUUGAGGAGAUCCAGAGUCUGAUCACAGCUCACGACCAGUUCAAGGCCACUCUGCCUGAGGCUGACAAGGAGCGCAUGGCCACCUUGGGCAUCCACAACGAGAUCCUGAAGAUCGCCCAGACCUACGGCAUCAAACUGUCCGGAAUCAACCCGUACACCAACCUGUCUCCACAGGACAUCAGCACUAAAUGGGACACUGUGAAGCACUUUGUGCCCCUCAGAGACCAAAUGCUUCAGGAGGAGGUGGCCCGACAGCAGGCCAACGAGAGGCUGAGGCGCCAGUUUGCUGCUCAGGCCAACAUCAUCGGACCCUGGAUUCAAACCAAGAUGGAGGAGAUCAGCCACGUGUCCGUGGACAUCGCCGGCUCCCUGGAGGAACAGAUGAACAGCCUGAAGCAGUACGAGCAGAACAUCAUCAACUACAAGUCCAACAUCGACAAGCUGGAGGGAGACCACCAGCUCAGCCAGGAGUCCCUGAUCUUCGACAACAAACACACCAACUACACCAUGGAGCACGUGCGCGUGGGCUGGGAGCAGCUGCUCACCACCAUCGCCAGAACCAUCAACGAGGUGGAAAACCAGAUCCUGACCCGCGACGCCAAGGGCAUCAGCCAGGAGCAGCUCAACGAGUUCAGGGCCUCCUUCAACCACUUCGACAGGAAGAGAAACGGCAUGAUGGACCCCGACGACUUCCGCGCCUGCCUCAUCUCCAUGGGCUACGAUCUGGGUGAGGUUGAGUUUGCCCGCAUCAUGACCCUGGUGGACCCCAACAACACCGGCGUGGUGACCUUCCAGGCCUUCAUCGACUUCAUGACCCGCGAGACCGCCGAGACCGACACCGCCGAGCAAGUCAUGGCUUCCUUCAAGAUCCUGGCCUCAGACAAGAGCUACAUCACAGUGGACGAGCUGCGCAGGGAGCUACCGCCCGAGCAGGCAGAGUACUGCAUCAGCCGCAUGACCAGGUACGUCGGAGGCGAGGCUCCCCCCGGCGCCCUGGACUACAUCUCUUUCUCCAGCGCCCUGUACGGAGAGAGCGACUUAUAAACAAAGCCGCGUUUCUCCUCGCCACCUCCUCCUCUUCCUCCCCAGCUUCUAUUUCUCCUGUUAGGAGAGCGUGAUGUUAAACCCUUCCACUGUCCUUCUAAAAUGCUUUGUUCUCAUCGUUUUAUUCCUCUCACGAAUCUGAAGUUUCUCCCCGCUGCUCCCUUCCGUCCCGUCACACCCAGGAACCUGAGGAGGAGGAGAGUGGGGGACUUUGCUCAAAUCCCAAGAACUGCAAGUGCAACGGGUAAAAGAAGCCUGCGUUAAGGAGCCGUUACAGACGAGUGAUUUGAGCAAAGCCUCCUGCUCUUCCUCUCCCUGUCUGAUGAUUAUUUUUGCAGAAGGGUGAUUAAAGAAGAAAAUGUGAUUAAAAGGCUGGUUGGCUUGGUUGUGUAUUUGUGCAGAUGCAUGCUAUGUUGAGGUUUAGAAACUGUCUUUGAGUCACCGACUCUUCCUUCACCACUGAAACUUAAAACAGCAUCUGUAGGAGCCUGGUAACAACCAGCAGAGGGGCAAAGCAGGUCAGGCGCUGUUCUGUCACCGAGACGAGCGUCUCGACGUGAAAACACGACGUGAAGCCUGAAAGUUAGCCGAGGAACUUUACCCUGGAGAUCUUGAAGCCCUGAGAUCCCCAGGAUCAAAUGAAGGAUGAAUGAAAGCACCAGAUGUUAAGAUGAAAACAGAGAGAGCAGCUCAGAGCAAAGCACCAUGGGUAAAAAAAAAAAACC